AUGAUCGAUAAUUAUCCGAAUCCAGUUUUCUAUAAUCCAUCGGCUAUGGGAAUACCACCGAAUUACGCGUUCGACAAUAGGAUGUUUAUAAAUCAACCAAUGAAUAUGCAACCAAUGAAACCAAAGAAACCAAAGAAACCAAAGAAAAACCGAAAUUCACCUUUUGUUACUCGUAUACCAAGUCUUCAUUUACCUGCUAUUAUUUUACUUGGUUUUUCUUGGGUAUUACACGCACUAGCAACAUUUCUGCCAUAUUGGUCAGUGUAUUCUAGUGUACCUAAUUCUCGAGCAGGUCUUUGGAGUGCUCAAAAUUUUAAUUAUUGGACAAUACAAAAUUUUUAUUUUCCAAAUCCGAAUACUUUCACAACUAUAACCAGCUCAAUUCGAUUUACUAGUGCAAAUACAAAAGGCUAUUUAGUAACUGUACAAUUUUUAAUGACAUUUAAUUUUGCCGUUAUGUUUAUUGUACUUGUUUUAUUGAUAUUUGACUUCAUUUUAUCUCGGAGUAAGACUGGUAAACCUCGUAGUUUACUUAUUCGUGAUUAUAAUACAUGUGAUACAGUUAUAAUAUAUGCUCUUCUUCUUUAUAUUAUUUAUGUAUUUGGCGCAUUUGAAUUCGCAGCGUGGAUAACAUAUGUUGGUUCACGACAUGAUAAUAAUUGGACAAUGCAUGUUUCGUUUGCGUUUGCUGUUAUCGUUAGUGCAUUUCUAUUAAUUAUUUUUAUAAUGUAUGUUAUUGAAUUUAUUAAAAGAUUUUACAAAGUUCGUUUGAAAUGGGAAUAUUGGUAUGGUCCAUAUAUGGAAUGGGGUUUUUUUGUAUAUCUUACUGCAUUACUUUUCCUUCUUCUUGUCAUUUGUUGUCCUGAAUGGGCUUAUAAAAAAAUUCAACCAUUAACUUGGUUUGCUGAAAUUGGCCUUUUUAAACAAUGCUUUUUAACAGAGAUAUAUAAAAAGACUCUCACAACGGGUUUUUGUACAUUAUCUAAUCCUUCAAGCAAUCAAUCAUGGGUUGAUGCAACACAAGCAUUUAUGUUAAUAGCUUAUGUUGUAGGCAUGAUUAUCUUGGUUGUCAUUGUUAUUUUUCGAAAAGAAUUUCGUCAUAGAGAAAAUGGUUAUUAUGCAGUACGUGUUGGACAACCAACAUUUACAUAUAUCAUAGCGGGACUUAUACUCUUCUUCUGUUUUCUUUUUACAUUAAUUGGUGUGUCAAUAUUUGGUGGUGAAGUAUUUCCGUAUUCAAUAGAUGUUAAUUGGGGAUAUAUAGUUGCUGUAUUUUCUAUGGUACUUUUUCUUAUUGCUGGUAUUCUAUUCAUUAUGGAUGCCGUUCAUAGUCGAAAACAAAUACCUCGUGCAAAUUCAUCAUCGGCUAGUAAACUUUUCUUUCCAGCACCUUUAAAUUAUCGUGCAUUCGGUAUGAAACCAUUCGUGACACCAGAACCUGUUAGUCAACAGAUACCACCAUUCAUGUCCAUGGACCCAUUACAAUUCGGACCAAUGGCUCCCGCACCUUGGCAAACAAUGUCACCCUUCGAUUUUCAACACCAAGCAAUGUACCCGACACCAGGUUUUGCCGAUGCAUCCUACAUUCCACUGCAAGAUAUGUCAAUGAUACCGCCCACUUAUGAUAUGGAUAUAGAACCAUAUCGAUCAGCUCCAUUCACCGGAGCAGUUUUAUAUGAUUAUAUGCAACAAAUGCAAUAUAAUCCACAAUUAUCAUCGUUCCCGUAUAAUGAAGGUUUAACGGCUUAUUCAUAUGGUAAUCCAUUGACUUUUCCAAAUGACCAAAUGUAUCUUACUGAAGAGGAUAGAUUAAAUGAAAUGGUUUAUCAACAGUUUCUACAACAACAACGUUUAGAUUAUAAUCAUGAACGUUUACUUGAAAGAUACGGUCAUAUUUCUCAACCAUACACAUCUACAUUUGGUACAAGUACUUUACCUGGUCGAAAUUAUGAUGAAUAUUUACGUGCGAUGUAUGGUUAUGAUUAUGAUGGAAAUUCAUUAGCUGCAAUGUCACGAGCCGGUAUUGGUGCAUCAGACGAAACGUAUCGAUGGAUGGGUGGUGAUUAUGAUGAAACUUUACCAAGAGAUAUUAGUGCGGUAAGGCAAUAUAAUCGAGAUGAAUAUCCGCCAUACGUAUACGCAGAAAAAAUUGAACCCGUAAAAAUAUAUAAUCAUCCAAUAUUUAGAUCACCAUUAGCUUAUAUACGAUCAUUAUAUAAUAAAACAAAAUAUUCAGAGAAAAUUCAUGAUGAAAAUGAAAUUAAAUUAAAUAAUGUCGAUCAUAAGGAGGAAUAUGAAAUAGAACCAACAAUUACCAUUGAUAAUGACAAUGAAAUAUCUGAUCGUACAAAUUUAGAAAAUAUAUCGAACAAAAAAUGGAAAAAAACAAAAUAUGGACAUCUUAUUCCUAUUAAUUCUCAUCUUUUUAAUAUAUAUAUUCAACGUUUAAAUGGAUCUAUUGAAAGUUAUGGCCAAUCAUUAUAUUUACCAUCUGCUCGUCAUAAUCGUAACACACGAUCAAAUCAUUAUGGAAAUAUAUUUAUUGCACCUCUAUCAGAUACUAAUUUAGUCUUGGUUCGUGUGUCCAAUAAGACUUCGUCGUCAUCGAAUAAUGGAUACGAUACAUUGCAUUCACAAACAGUUUCUCCCACCGUUUCACUGUGA